AUGGAUGCACUCGAAAUCGCUUUAACAUGUUGUGCUAUGGAUAACACACUCGAAUUAAUUCCUGUUAACUUACUUUGCUUAGAAAUUCUUCUUGAAGCACUCAAAGCAUUCUUACCUAAGCAUGUUCAAGAGUUUGUCGUAUGCUAUGAUAACAUCAAAGGAUAUUUCGACGAUGAUACAACAAAUUAUUACAAUCAAAUCAUGAAUUGCUUCAAAACUAUUCAACCAAUAUAUCAGCAAUACAGCAACAGAGCAGAUACUGGCCAUAUCAAAGUCUGUUUAAUUGCAUCAAGCGUUUUAUCUGCUGCUUGCGUUGGUUUCCAGCAUCACAUGUCAACAUUAGGUAUUCCAAACAAAUACUCCGAAUUUACAGGUCUUGCGCAAAAUAUCUGCUUAAAAAUGUACCAAUUUACAGAAUUACUGAAAUGGUCAAUUUCUCUUUAUUUGUAUCACUCAUGCUCUUGUCUUCAAGAAAUAUAUCUUGAAACAUGCAAAGAAUUGAGAAAAGUCAACUAUCUUCCAAAAAUUGAUCCAGCUCUUGAAGCAGAAUUCGCCAAUACAUUAGAGAAUGCGAGAAAUUCAAUGUUCAUUGGCCCAUUGUACACGAAAAUCUUAUACCAACAGAUUUCCAAGCACAUUAAUCGUUUUAAUGAAGUUUUCAGAUAUCUUCAACAAGCCGCAUCUAAAGUUCCUUCAUUGCAAUCGAUUUACUACGGAUAUUACUUCAUUACUCAGCAUACAUAUGUUGCCAAUUCUCUUAUUGAAGGCACGAUUUCGAAACCAAAUAUCCCUCAUCCAAACAUGUUUGGGCCAAUACUCGACAAAUUCAUACAGAUAUCCACAGAGUUCUUCGAAAAAAUGAAAACAGCUAUCUCUUCUGGUGAAGGUGAAACCGCAUAUCAACCAGCAGUUUAUUUCGCACAAUCCUUCAGAGGGGUUCUGUUUUGCUACUUCUAUACAAUACAACAAGGCGAUACAAAUCUCGAUAAACUGAUCGAAGAUGUCGUAUCGACUUUAAUUCAGUCAACAAGACUAUCUCUUGGCGACGAGCAAGCUAAAACAAAGCUGAAGAACCAUACAAAAGCAAUAGAAAAGUAUCUCGAACAGACAGUUCAAAAAGCUGCCAAAGCAAAAGAAUCUUUUCUGAGUUCAAGACAAGACAUUUCUAUUGCUCCUGUUGCAUCAAGACCAGCUGAAAUCAAGAUUCCUCCAAUUGUUGAUUACAGAUUUCCAGGUGCAAAUGGUCAAUCAAUUGGUCCAGUUCCUAUGAGUGAUAUCACAGUACAAUACAAGAGAUUCAUUACUCGUUUCCAACAGCAAUAUUCAGGAGCACAAAGACAAUUUGUUAAAGCUGAUCUUUCCAUUGACGAAGGCGAUGAAAUGGACGAAAACACGCAGUUUGAAGCUGAAGAAGAAGCAGAUGAAGGUGAUGACAAUUACGAUGAAGAAGAACAUGGCGAAGAAGAUGAAUUUGAAGAAGAAGUUCCUUUCAUUGAUUUGAAAGGUCUUGUAGGAGCAAUUCCUUAUUUGGAGCCAUUGCUUAAAUACGAACCACUUCAAAGUCAACAGUUAGUUCCAAUGUUACCAACAUUAGUUAACAACCAAAUAACUGUUCAACAGAUUAAUUUACAGAAGAACAAUGUUAGUUUCGAAGAUCCUUUGGGAGGAAUAGGAACAGGAAAACAAGUUUCUGAAGUUAAAAUGCUGUCAUCGUCAUCACAACCACCUCUCCCUCUUCCUCCUAAUUUUAUGUCCAAUCCAAUGGCACCUCCUCAACAGAACCAAAUGCCUCCGAUGCCUGGAUUGCCUACAAUGGGUGGUCCAAAUAUGUCAAACAUGCCUCCUUUACCUGGAAUGUCUAUUUCAGUUACAACAACUACAACUACUACGCAAAAUACAUUACCAGGAAUGCCACCAAUGCCUGGAUUACCUCCACAGCAAAACACUCCACCAGGAAUGCCAAGUUUACCUCCUGUUGGUGCUCCUCCACAAUUACCAGGAAUGCCACCAAUGCCAGGUUUACCACCACAACAAGGAUCUUCCUCUGGAUUACCUCCGAUGCCAAGUUUGCCUCCUCAACAAAACUCUCCACCAGGAAUGCCAAGUUUGCCACAAAUCGGAGCUCCUCUUCCACAACAAGGAUCCCAACCAGGACUUCCUCCAAUGCCAAGUUUACCACCUCAACCACCUCAACAAGGAUCUUCUUCUGGAUUACCUCCAAUGCCAAGUUUACCAUCACAACAAGGAUCACAGCCAGGACUUCCAGCGAUGCCAAGCUUACCACAAAUGGAACCUCCUCAAUCUCAAUCUCCAACAAUGCCAAGUUUACCACAACAAGAAGAAGUUUCUAUUCAACUCCUUCCUCCACCGUCAUCACCAGAAAUGCCUGAACCUCCAGCAAUGUCAACAGGAAAUGAAGGACUUCCUCAAUUGCCACAACUUCAGCAGCAAACACUUCCUCAGAUUCCUGCACCUAAUUUGGCACAUCCAAGAAGAAUGUCUGUUGAUGUAUCAGAGAUAGAACAGCAACAAGGAGGACAAUUACCAGGCCAACAGUCAUCGAGAAGAAUGUCAAUAGAUAUGAGUUUCUCAUCAUCAAACCAGAUGCCAUCAAUUCCUCCUCCAUCAUCAUUAAUUCCCCAACAAGAUGAUCAGCAGCAGUACAAUUCAGGAUAUCAAGAACAACAAUUUAACUCAGGAUACAUGGAUCAACAACAGUAUAAUUCUGGAUAUGCUGAUCAGCAACAGUAUAAUUCGAAUGAUACUUCACAAUUUGCAUCAGGAUACAUUAAACCAGAACAACUCGGAUAUGGACCAAAGAGGACAUCAUCAUUUGUUCUGCAAGAAGAAACUGAAACUACACAACAAUAUAGUAACCAACCAAUGUUGAUUGGUCCAGCAAAUUUGCAGCCAAUUACAGGAAUCAUGUUGAAUAUUCCACAAACUCCACCUCCGUCACAAAGAAAGAACCAACAGAUGCAGUCAAUGGGAAUUCCUGCAAUGGGAUUGCCUCGUCUUGGUCUUCCUUCUCUUUCUUUGAUGAACAUGCAAGGAGGAAUUGCUCUUCCUAAAUUACCUCCAGCAAUUCCAGGAGGACUUCCUCCACCUCAACCACGUCCACCUCAGCAACAGGUUCAACAAUAUAACUCUGGAAACGCUCAACCAGAACCUUCUCAGCAGCAAUUUAACUCUGGAAACGUGCAGCCAAUGCAACAGCAACAGGAAAUGCCUGCACUUCCUCCACAACAACUACCAGUCGGAAUGCCUCCAAUGCCUCAGCAGCAGCCUCCUCAAACAAUGCCUGGAAUGCCUCAACUACCUCCACAACCAGCUCCUCCUCAACAGCAAAGCAUGCCACCAAUGCCUCCGCAGCAACCACAGCAGCCUCCCCAAACAAUGCCUGGAAUGCCACCAAUGCCUCCGCAGCAACCACAGCAGCCUCCCCAAACAAUGCCUGGAAUGCCACUAAUGCCUCCGCAGCAACCACAGCAGCCUCCCCAAACAAUGCCUGGAAUGCCACCAAUGCCAGGAAUGCCCUCUCUUCCUGGACAAGCACCACCAAGUUCGAUGCCGCCAAUGCCUGGUAUGCCACAGCUUCCACCGCAAUCAAAUUCUCCUGGAGGAAUGCCACCAAUGCCAGGAAUGCCGCAAUCUCCUCAGAACUCCCAAAUGGCAGGAUUGUCUACAAACUUACCAAGGAGUCCUUCUGGUUCAAACAAUGGAAUGCCACCAAUGCCAGGAAUGCCACAAUUGCCUUCGACUCCAUCUCCAUCCACUGGAUCUAAUAGCGGAAUGCCACCAAUGCCUGGAAUGCCAACUCUUCCAGGACAAUCACCACCAAGUUCGAUGCCGCCAAUGCCAGGAGUUCCUCCUCCAACGGGAUCAAGUGGAAGAAUUCCGCCAAUGCCAGGAAUGCCUCCGAUGCCAAAUCAAAAACCAGGAAUACAGCCAGCGAAUUCAAUGCCUCAGUUACCAGGAGUCCCUCCUCCAACUGGAUCAAGUGGAGGAAUGCCUUCUCUUCCUGGAAUGCCACAACUUCCUCCAAGUCCUAAUAAUGAUGCAGCUCAGUUCAAUUCUAGUAGAAUGGCAAUGCCACCAAUGCCUGGACUUCCUCAACAACCAAACAGAAUGAACGAUGCAGCACAGUUCAACUCAACGAGAGUUGCAAGUCCAGGAAUGCCAAUGCCUCCAUUACCAGGAAUGUCACAACAGCCUCCACAACAACCAAAUAAUGGAAUGCCUCCUCUUCCAGGAAUGACUCCAAUGACAACUUUGCCGCAAAGACCAAAUCCACCUCCAGGACAAGGAAUGCCUCCAUUACCAGGAAUGCAGCAGCCAGGAGGAGGAAUGCCUGAUACAUCACAGUUCAACUCUGGUCGAAUGGCAAUGUCUCCUAUGCCAGGACUUCCUUCAUCUCCACAAAACCAAAAUAAUGCUUCUCAGUUUAAUUCUACCAGAAUGUCAAUGCCACCAAUGCCUGGUAUGCCAGGAAUGCCACCGAUGACAGGAUUACCUCAACGACCGCCUCAACCAGGCCAAGGAAUGCCUCCUAUGCCUGGAAUGCCGCCAAUGCCUGGAAUGCCACAAAGACCACCUCAACAAAAUCAAGGAAUGCCUCCAAUGCCUGGAAUGCCACCAAUGCCAGGAAUGAGAUAA